GCCCUUCUUUGCGUCACUUUCAGCGCUGUCGUCAUAGCCUGGUGGUGGUGGGUCCAAACGUUGUCCCGGGACUCGGGGGUUCCGUUUGGUGAGGAGACCCAGGGACGGGUCAAGAACAAUGCCGAAUACCUUACCUGACAAGGCAGAAAAAAAAAAGAAAAGAAAGAGAGAUGAUUGAAAACAAUCGAGGGUGAGGCAGACGCGACUGAGACCUAGCGAACAUACACACAGCGAGCGCACUCAGUUCCCAACUUGCAAAAUGAAAUUCAGUUCAUAGGGUUCGGGCUUUGGUGACGGUUUGGGAUGAAACUGGGAAGCUGAAGUCGGGUAUGUGGAUUUCCACGUUGCACGCUACGUACAUGAAUCGCAACCAGACCCAACGUCAUAGGUAAAGUCCACCAGUUGGCUAAGUAUCUCAUCUUGAGCGGUGGGGCUUUUUUCUUUCUCUUGCCUUCUGUUUUUCUUCCAUCCCUUUUCGGUAUGUUGUACAGUACCAUGAGUAUCAACUGUAUCUGUCUUGCGGUGUCUGUACCGCUUGAUUUGCUAUUUUACGACGGCCGACGGGUAUGGCAAGCAAAAAAGACAUCUUCAAAAGUCAACUAUCGCAAGGGCGGAGGGGUUGAUGACAGGGUGAACGGUGACGGAGGAGCAGUGAAUGCACAAAUGGCGCCAUGUUUCUUCUUGGACGGGACCCUUUUUGCGGCUUCUGCAGCAGGACAGGCCCACCAAAGGCAGCUUGGCUGCCAAUAUCUGCCAUGCUGUGUCCUUGAUCUGACAUGCAAGCCCGGGUUCUAGACCCGAGAAGACCGUCUCAUGCCGCCUGCAUUCCUGCCUUGUGCCAGUCCGUCCCGGGCACAUCACUCCGCCGUCACCAGGCGUGCCAGGAAAUCCAGCUCAUCGGUUAGCCCCGCCGUUUUGUCACCAGGCGCGCCAGGCUUUCUUCAUCGGUUUCAGGGUCCCACACCUCCUGGGAAUGCCUCGUGUAAGUACAUACACACACACCCAAGCCUGUCAAGUUCAUUUCUUUCGGUAUUGCUGUGUAAGAUUUCCGGUUGCACCAGCAGUUCCCACGUUGGGAGGUUGAGCCCGGCUCCCCGGGUCCCUAGAGAAAAGCCACAUCGGUUCGGAAUGUCAGAUCCGACAUCUGAUCUUCCAUACAAGUCUCCGAUCUGUCUGCCGGCACCUGAACCGAAUUGCAUGUGUAGCUGUACAGAAUAAUGUGACGAUGAAUGCCGUCAGGAGGGGGUCGUCAGUUAUGUUUGUCGGUGCAGAGCCGCACCAAGAACACAAAAUGCCAUUAAACUCUAUGUUUGUCCCACACAACGCCAUGCCAUGCAUCAUGGUACAGAGGUAUACGCGCCAAUACCGCAGCUUAAUACAAAACCCAACCAAUGUACAGAUUCCCUCUAGAUCACAACACUACAGGCCUCUCGGAAGGCCUCACAGUCGUAUAUGGAGAUCCAAGCAAUCGAUCUCCCAUUCUCUCCUCCCUAGCAAACUCCUUAGCCACUCAAGCCCCAAUCCCGUCCAUUCCACCUUCGUCUGAGCGAUCUUCUCCGCUGCCGCCGUGGCAAGAGCACCGGCAGUCGUAUUCAGCACGUCGGUAACGACAUGUGUCGUCGAGCUUGGGCUCGCGGUAGCAUCUGUCGUCGCGUUCCAGCCCGUGAUGGUGGGCAGGUAAAUGUAGCUUGCAGCCAGCCUUGGCUGGAACCAGUUGCUCGCAAAGUCAAAGAAGCAAUGGUCAGACCAGUUGCACGACGUCAGGAAGAGUAUGAAGAGCAGAAUCGAGCAAUAGACGCAUGGGCGGUUGAGAAAGUAGGUGCAGAGGAAGAAGAGAAAGAUGAAGACGGGCGAUGCGCUGGUUGGUAUAAAAAGGAGGGGCAGCCAACUGUUGAUCGAGGCAUUGUCAGCGCGCGGUUCUGUCGCUCUCCAGGAAUUGGAGGCACGGUUGCAGAAAAGAGUCAUCGCUUACCUGCGCAAACAAAACAUGGUGAUUGAUUACCGAAGCGAUGCGCACCUGUUGCUGCUGGCGUCGGGUCUGGGGAGAAGCAGGCAGAGGUUCUCGUCGUUGCGACAAAGUUUGGCGGUGAAGAAUACGAUGAUGGAAAAUGUUGUCGUUGAGGAAUUCGGCCGACACUGUUAAUCCCAGGUCACCGAGUUGAACUACCGCGUUACCUAUCGCGAGGAGGAUUUGCGGCGAACAAUGACAUGAUGGAGCUUUCGGUCCCGGGCGACGCAACGUCGAGGCAAUCAGCAUCUUUGCCUCCCGCAUUUUUGGAGAUGCCGGGCUUGGCAAGGCUGCUUAAGUAAUCACCGCCAUCAUGAUUCAAGAGGCGCGGCUUGGCACUCCCAAGGUACUGUUGCAAAGACUGCAUCCAAUGUCAGAAAAAGCCUACCCUAGUUGGACGACUACCCGGAACUCACACUACAUAUGAGGGCACUGCUGUGAUGACAGAUAUUGGGAAUUUCGAACUUCAAGUUGGAUAUCAAACACCUGUGGUGAUUAGGCCAUAGGACGCCCUGCUUUUUUUCUCUUGCAGCACAGUCGGGGCUGCUCAUUGGACAGGCUGGGUGACACCACCUCCUACACGGUCCAGGUGCCCCGCGUGCGACACGUGUAGCUACAGCACGGGCCACACACCUGCUCCCCAGCCUCUGCGACCCAGCAAUAUUUUUCGACACAUUUUGGGCAACCUACGACGUCUCCCCAAUCCCGUCGAGAAUAUCUCCCUUCGCACCAAUUCUGCAGCACUGCACCUGCUGCUGCUUGUCUCCUCUUUUUACCCUACCACCCCUCCCCCUCCUCUUCCCCUUUGUCCCUCCGCGACCGCUGCCCCGUCGCGACCUGUCGGACCUCGCUCGGGCGCUUGGACACUUUCGUCCGUCCUUCGAUUUCGCUUUGGCGUUUGUGUUCUGUUCGCUCACCAUCUGCCGUCGUCAGAGGGCCGUCAUCGCAGCAACAGCAGUUGUUGACGACUACUAUCUGUAGUCCAGCUAUCUGAGCGACACCACUCUUCCGCAUCCUGACGUAACUUGAGCCCGGCUUCGAUAACCAAGGCCCCCCACCGCCGCGCCUUCUCGCCAUGUCCAAUUACGGGUUGCCUGGCGGCGGCAACGGUGCGCCCGAUACCGAUGCAUCAAACAACUUCGAGUCGCUUCUCGCCCAGCUCCGACGGCAGUCCUCUCCUAGUCCCGGCCCAUCAUCCGGCCCUGGACCCGAACAAUUCUCCCAGUUUGGUACCUACAGUCAGGGCGCAGCUGGUCAGUCGUUUUACGGCCAUCAUUCCAAUACCGACUCCCCCAACCUGCCGGGAGGCCAUGCUCCCAUUGAUUCGCCUGCCUUCCUGCCCGAAGCUCCCACACCACCCGUCGGCUUUGGCGGCUCUCAGUUCCCCCCCGGCCUUAUGAAUCCCAUCGGAGCAGGCCGUCAUAUUGGCGGUGGUGGUGCUGGCGGGGGCGGGGACGAGAGAACAGCACAUUUGUUGAACCUGCUCAAGUUUAACAGCAGCGGUGGUCAAGGUGGUCCGCAAAGCAUGCAGCAACCGGCUGCGGCUCGGGAGCCACCCAUCAACUAUGCUCCUGCGCACGUAGCGCCUCAGGUUAUCCAUGCCCCGGCCCCAGCUGCUGCCGACCCUACUGGCCUCCUUGCGGCCCUGAUGAAGGGUCGUCUCGACGCCGAGUCCACCAAGCCCGAAGCCGCUUCGACAUCUUCGUCGUGGAAUCAGUCGGCCCCGCCCGCUGCGGGCACGCAGCAGUAUCUUCUCAAUCUGCUAAAUCGGCCCAAGCCCAGCCAACAUGAUGCCGACACUCAAGAACCAAGCCUUUUGACCCCCCCCCCCGCCGAGGAUGAGAGCUCCCAUGGGGGUCGGUCUGCCGAGCCGACACUCGUUGGCACACUGGCUUCGCGUUCCGAGUUCGAGUUCGAUCAUAAAAACGUCGAGUCUCCACACUCGCUUCAUUCCCACCAGUCACACCAGUCGCAUCCGUCGCAUCAGACAGGUCAUCAAUCCGGUACCGCUGGGAAUUAUUCCAACCCUUUCGAUGACCUUUCCAGCUCCUCGCCGGUACAUCGCACCCCCAAGUCUUCCACCACUCCGGGAGCUUCGAGCACCGCCGGGACUAGUCAUCCAGUCCCUACUAGUUCGGCCCCCGCUCCUGCUUCAGCUGCCGGACCCAUCCCCGGGACUAUUCAGAUUCUGAAGAAACCUGAACAAGGGCUCCCUCGUCAUCAGCAAAGACCCUUCAACGACCACGGCUUGGCCAACAGCCCCGAGAGCGCCAGGCGUCAGCUGGAAUAUGCUCCGUCGCCUCUCUCCCAUACCAGCGCCGUUGAGAAGUCAGACCAUGUAGACGUCGCGUCUGUUGCCAAUAGCGCCUCUGCCGCUCGGCCAUCGGAGGUCAAGGAAAGUGUGUCGGAUGCCGUCAACGGUCUGGCCGAGCAAGUUGACCGGGAAGCUCGGGAGGCUGUCGCUCGUGCUCAGCAAGAACAAGCCCAGGCUGGAACCGCCCAGGACUUUGACCAUUUGCUGAAUGACACCACCGAGGAGUUUGCUCACUCUACCCAGAGCGGACCCCGGUCUCAGAACCAAGAGUUUGCCCAUGAUGAUGGUCGAGGAGCUAGCGAGUCGACCCUUACGAGGGAGCUCGCUAAGGACCUGUCUGAUAACGUGGAGGAUGGUUCUCAUGCUGCCCAACAGCCUGUAGCCGACAGCUGGGAGAGCGCCGAGGCGGACGAGAUUGUUGUGAUUGAAGAGACCGCAGCUCCGGUCAAGGUGUACAACUUUCCCAUGAAACCCUGGAUCACUAUCAAUCUUCAAGAGACUGAUGAGCCCCGGCCAGUGUUCCGUGAGGAAGCCAUCCUUGACAUUGCGCGGCUUAAGAAGGACUUUGAUCAGAUUGAUCGCAACCUCGUGUCCGCCUCCGAGACCUACAUGGCCUACGGCAUGUCCAAAGCUGGCGGCCUUCGCGUGAUCCGGCAAGAAGACGGCAAAGACGCCAAACUCUUCACCGACACAAAGGAUCGCAUCUUCAACGUUGCCAUCUCCACCUCGCCCUCGACUGAGCAUCCCAAGGAAGCCAUCAUUGGUACAGGCGUCAGUGGGACCGUUUACUGGGUCCAGCUCAAGAAUGGAGAGCGUGAUCAUUUGGAAGAUGCUCAUCCUGAACAGUACGGCUUUGCUUUGCCCCCCAUCUCGUCGCAAGAGGGCGGCGACAUACCUGGUGGCGUCCUCAAGACCCGCGCCCGCACCUCGUCCAUGCAUCCGGACUUUUUUGCCGUCGGCCGUGGAAAGUCCAUCAACAUCAUCUGGCCCUCGUUCAUCUUCGAAAACAACUUGUUCAAGAAUGCCCACGACCGCGUGGUCGACACUGAAAAGCUUCUGAAGCAGUGCUCGCUCAAGAUCAACACAGGCAAGGCUGGAAAGGACUUUACGUUCAGCCAGGAUGACACUGUAGUUGUCUCGCUGGAUAAGAGCGGGCGGGUCAAGUUCUGGGACGUCCGGGACCUCACGGCUGUUAAGGAAGGCUCAGAGCGUUCGAAUCCCAUUCCGGCACAAACCACGCUCGAGAUCAAGGAGCCGCUCCUCACCCUGACGACCACUCCGGAGGGUGAAAAGGCCUGGCCUACCUCUGUGUUGCUGUUGGAUAAGUACCGACCGUACCAGAAGCGUGUUGCCCUGCGCUACAUGGUUGUGGGCAUGAAGCAGAACCACACCCUCCAGCUGUGGGACCUCGCUCUUGGCAAGCCGGUGCAGGAGUUCAACUUCCCGCACAACAAGGAGUCAGACGCCGUCUGUAGCGUCAUGUACCACGCCCCGUCCAGCAUGAUUGUGGUCGGCCACCCAACGCGAAACUCUAUCUACUUUCUUCAUCUUUCGGCGCCUAAGUACACGCUCAAAAACCUGUCGCAAGUGGACUACAUUCAGCGCCUCGUGGCCCAAGACUCGUCGAUUCCUCAGCCAGAGUCUACUGCCGUCAUUAGUGGUAUCCGGGAGUAUUCUUUUGCCAACAAGGGCGUGCUUCGCAGCCUGACCAUGCUGGAGAACCCUGCUGCUACUGCCGACGGCGAUGAGCCCACACUGUUUGAGCUCUAUGCCAUGCAUUCCAAGGGCGUGACCUGCUUGUUUGUCAAGCAGGCCGAACUCGGCUGGACCAAGGACAAUAAGGUUAUUCUCUUGGCCGAUGCCGUCGAGACAGGCCUGGUCACCAUCUCCAAGCUUGUUGCGCCUCCUCCUCUCCAGCCCGCGGAAGCCUCAGCUCAAAGCAGCAACAUCUUGAACGACGCCGCCACCGCUUCCCAGAUUCGCAUCGUCUCGCGUAAUGCCAAGGAAGCACUGCAGAAGAUGCCGUCUUCUCAGGGUGAGGAGAAAAAGGGGACCGGCGUGUCGACGCCGCCCAAGUUUGAGCGAAAGGAGGAGAACGACACGCCAGCGCCGCAGCCUGAAAGGAACGAAAAGAAGGGAAGAAAGAAGAAGGCAGCUCAGCAGGCUCAAGCGCAGGCUGCUGCUGCUGCUGCUGCGGCUGCUACAGGUGCAACGGAUCGCGACUACCCUGCUCCCAACGGCGCUGCCGAGCUCAACAGAGCUACCUUGCAAAAACUGGGAAAGGCUUCCCGUGGCAACAACGGCGACCCAUCCUCCCUGCCCCCUUCGAUCCCUCCUGCCGAGCCAUCCUCAACGGCAGCCGCCAUUUCCUCCGAGCACCUCGAAUCCGUCGUCAACAAGAUGGAAUCCCGCAUCGUCGCCAACAUUUCUAGCCGCUUCGACACCGUCUUCAGCGACAUUCUCAAGCAGAUGCAGGAGAUUCAGAAGAGGCGUGACGCCGAGUUUGCCAACAGCCAGUCUCAUCUGUUGCAGAUGGUGUCUGAUGUUCUCAACGAUAAUACCGAGUCUGUGCUCCGUGCUUUGAUCAUUGAACAGAUUGACAAGAACGUCAUACCCUCCAUUUGCGGCUCUGUCGACCGUUCCGUUGCCGAACAGUUGAGCAGCCAGACCAGCUCCCAGGUCAACGCCGUCCAACAGGAGUUGAAGAGAGCUCUGCCCAUCUCGGUCAACCAGGCGCUGCAGCAGACCGACUUGAUCAAGACCAUUUCCGACAAGGUCUCGUACAACGUCAAUGCUCGGAUCGAUCAGCAAGUUGAGAUCCAAAUCACCAAAGCCUUCAACACGCUUGCUCCCCAGCUGGCCAAAAACAUAGCGCAGAGUCUUCAUCAGCGCAAUGUCGACAUUCACGAGGCCUUCGAGAGGCUCGAGAAACGCCGCCGCGACGAAGAUGCCAAGCUUGAUCGCCUGAUUGCCCAGACCAAGGAGCUCUCCACCGCCGUUGCAUCACUAGCAGCAGUUCAGUCUCAGGUAUCCAAAGAUUUCGGGACUUUGAGAGAACAGGUCCAUCAGUCAAGUCAACAAAGCACCCCCAUCAAGCAGGAAUUAAACAGCCGUGGUCACCGUGAUAGCUCGGACUUCUUCAGUCAAACUGCUUCGGAUUACGGGUCGCAGCAUUUCCAGCACACGCAGCAUCAACACCAGCUGCCUGUGUCACAUGCCCGCACCCAUCCGCAGGCACCUCAACCCGUAACACAGCGUCCACAGCAGCCUCAUCAGCAGGCGCUCCAGCACCAGUUCAACAGUCCCAGCCAACAGUUGUACUCCCCCUCGGGCCGUGACGAGGAGCGUGAGGCCGCCGAGCUUAACAAGCUUCUCGAGACCAUCCACAAUCUGCUGCAGAACGAUAAUAUCGAUGCUGCCAUGCUCAAGUGGCUCCACAGCGGUGACAAGGCCGAGGUGGUCUUCCAGCACAUUAUUUCUCGGCAGUCUCCGGGCAUGCUGCGAAAUCUAGCCCCUCUUCUGCUGCUUUCGAUCGGCGCCAACCUUGUCAACGAAUUCCACAGCAACACUCCCAAGCUCACGCAAAAGAUUGACUUGCUCGAGUUUUUGCUGGCCGCUUUCGAGUCCAAGCUUGGCUCAAUGGAUGAGCAAACCCGCGAGGUGACACCUCGAAUCAUGUCGCUUAUGCGGAGCAAGUUCCAGUCGCUGCAGUCAGAGCUCAUGGCCGUCAGUCCCCAGAGCCCCCAGCUGAACACGCUCGCGUCUAUGGUCAAAAUUGCCUCCCAAAUUGUGGAACUGAUGAAGCAUGGCGCUGUUGCCGGGCCUGUGCCAAGCCACAUCCAAGGGCACUACAGUAACUCUGCUUACUGA